UUUUUUUCAAUCACUUAGUCUCUCUCUACAUAUUUCUUGUCGUUCUCUAUCUUCAUUCCAACAAUGGUGCUUUCUCUAGUUUUUGUUCAUUGCCACACACUCUCUCUUUCUAUCCCUCACUCCGGAUCUCUGCGCUUGUUGUUGCCCCAGUAAUGCCCCUCCAACAAAAUUGGGGGGAGCAAUUGACACUCUAGAUCCUGUUUGGAAUUGGGAAAUGCUGAGGAAGUUCUAAAGGAGAGGAUAAGUGGGAAACAAUGCCGUAUUUUCUAUCAAACUCUUCUUUGGAGCGUCGCAAUGGUGGAAAUCGUACACAACUUUACUUGAAUGUCUAUGAUCUUACUCCUAUAAACAACUACUUGUAUUGGGUUGGACUGGGCAUCUUCCAUUCAGGAAUUGAAGUUCAUGGAUUGGAAUAUGGAUUUGGAGCCCAUGAUUUCCCAACCAGUGGGGUGUUUGAAGUGGAGCCAAAGAGUUGCCCUGGCUUCAUUUACAGGCGCUCAAUUUUCUUAGGAAGCACUGAUAUGUCUCUUUCUGAGUUUCGAACAUUCAUGGAGAACCUUGCUGGAAAAUAUCAUGGGGACACUUAUCAUCUCAUUGCAAAGAACUGUAACCAUUUCUCCGAUGAUGUUUGCAUGAAAUUGACUGGAAAGCCUAUUCCUGGUUGGGUGAAUAGACUCGCCAGAUUAGGUUCCUUCUGUAGCUGUUUGCUACCGGAAAGUAUUCAAGUUGCGGCUGUAAGAGAACUGCCUGAGAUCAAUUCAUAUUCCGAUGAUUCGGAGACAGCAUCAAUAAUUUCGAUCCAUGAUUUGGCGGAGACAGACGAGGAGGACCCUGAUCAGCACCUUCUCAACUCCCCUAACGGGGAUGUGGCAUUCUUGAGAGAGAAACCUGUCAAAUUGGCCAGGGAGCUUCUCUGACAUUUUCUACUUCUUCCUCUUCUUGGUUCUUGUAUUUUUGCCUGACCUUGAUGUUGUUGUUUAUUAGUUGGAAGUGGUUUGAAGAGUCCAUUGUUUGAGUGUGAUUCAAAGCCUCUUGUAUAUGGUCUCUCUGUAAUUAAUAUUGAAACUCUGGGUCCGUUAAAGGGCUGUUGAGUAUUUGGUCUCUCUGUAAUUUAUAUUGAAACUCUGGGUCCAUUAAAGGGAUGUUGAGUUUCUAAGUCCUUUGCUCAGCUACAUGGAUUCCACCCAUCUGUGCCAAGUGAAA